AUGGGCCCCUGUACCGCCUCCUCAUGCUGCUGCCAGGCCGUAAUCUGCCAUGGGCCCCCGUACCGACUCCUCAUGCUGCUGCCAGGCCCCGUAAUCUGUCAUGGGCCCCUGUACCGCCUCCUCAUGCUGCUGCCAGGUCCAGAGUGUGUCAUGGGUCCCUGUACGGCCUCCCAUUGCUGCUGUCUCCAUCGCCACACUCUGCCAUGUGCCACUUUCAGGUCUCCUCACACUGCUGGUGGGUUCCAUUUUGUCAUAGGGUGCUGUAUGGCCUCCCAUUGCUGCUGCCUCCACCGCCACACUGUGGCUCCACACUCUGGUUUUGGCCCCGUGACUGCCCAAAUGAGUGAAGUGAUUCUAAGAUCGACGGCACUCAUCUGCAUGUCAUACUGACUGACAGUAUUAUUUCUCUUCCCCAGCAGACUCCAAGGGCAUUUAAAUUAAGGUACAGUGUUUCUGCACUAAUAUAA